AUGAGGUUGCUUAUAUUUUCAUGCCUAUUACUGAUUGUGUUCAGUAGGGUUCACGAGGAUGCGGAGAUCACCCAUAAGGUUUACUUUGAUAUAGUUGACUGGCUUAUCUAAGACCAUUUAUAUCUUUUGCAUAAAAAAUGCUAAUCUUUUCCAAAUCUCCCCUCACCUAAAGUAAAUAUAGGCUCGUAAUAAUUACUAAAAUAUCCAGAUGACUAUAUUACCAUCGACGAUGAAGAUGCAGGCAGAAUUGUAAUGGGCUUAUAUGGUAAAGUUGUGCCAAAAACAGUAGAAAAUUUCAGAGCAUUAUGCACAGGUGAAAACGGAAAAAAUUCAAAUGGUGUUGUUCUCAGCUAUAAAGGAAGCACUUUUCAUAGGAUCAUACCUCAAUUUAUGAUCCAAGGAGGAGAUUUUACGAAUUUUGAUGGGACAGGAGGGGAAUCAAUUUAUGGAAUAAGGUUUGCAGAUGAAAACUUCGCAUUAAAGCAUACUGGUCCUGGAUUAUUAUCUAUGGCCAACGCUGGUCCAAAUACUAAUGGCUCUCAAUUUUUUAUAACUACUGUCGAAACAUCUUGGCUUGAUGGAAGACAUGUGGUAUUUGGGGAAGUCCUUGAAGGAUAUGACGUGGUUCAAAGAAUUGAAAGCUUUGGAAACAGAUCAGGAAGACCUUCAAAAGUCAUAAAAAUUAAGGAAUCAGGGCAGCUUUAA